AUGUCUUGGUUGCCUCGUUUGCUUUCAUGGUUGGGAUCAUAUUCUUCAGAGAUUAUGCCUGGCAGGAUCCAUCCAAAGGAUCCACACCUCCUUUCCAAUGUUUUGAUUGGAGAUCGCUUCUGCAAUGAUUCAGUCAUUGCAUUGACUGUGUGGAAGCACUCCCUUGUGUUUAGCUGCAAUGGUUUCACUGUGUUUGAUCCAGAUGGGAAAAUAGUUUUCAAAGUUGAUAACUAUUACUCUGAUCCCAAUGAUCAUGCUCUUCUCAUGGAUGAUGCAGGGAAUCCUCUUCUUACCAUGCAGCGCAAGAGAUUCAGCUUGCACCAUGAAUGGGAAGCAUUUAUAGGAGGCAAGAUGGAUGGUCAAAAGCCAUUGUUUGUAGUAAAAAGGCGUUUCCUCCUUCCUACUAGGGUUUUAGCACAGAUAUAUGUGGGUUCAAUAAAUAAAAAGAGCCACCCAGAUUAUCAGAUUGAAGGAUCUUAUGCCAAGACAUCCUGCACUGUUUACAACAGCUCCCGAAAUGUAGUUGUGGAGAUGAGAAGAAAACAGGUGACAUCAGAUAUAACACUGGGAGGAGAUGUUUUCAGUGUAAUUGUGCAGCCUGGAUAUGAUCAGGCUUUUGUUAUGGGGUUUAUUGUUAUGCUGCACCAUAUUAUGGCACCCAAUUACAGCAGAUCUAUGUACUGA